CGAGGUCUAGGACUCCGAUUAUUGUCUCAGUGCAGUUGUCAGGUGCAGUUCAGCAGACCGGCUAACGAAAGUUGCAUUUCUUCACUCAACUAAUCAAAUCGCUACAGCAAUGCCACUCUCACUCACCAACAAGAACGUGAUCUUCGUGGCUGGUCUGGGAGGCAUCGGCCUGGACACCACCAAGGAGCUGCUCAAGCGCGACCUGAAGAACCUGGUCAUCCUGGACCGCAUCAACAACCCGGCUGUCAUCACCGAACUGCAGAAGAUUAAUCCCAAGGUGACCGUCACCUUCAUCCCCUACGAUGUGACCGUGCCCAUUACCGAGACCAAGAAGUUGUUGAAGACCAUCUUCGACAAGCUGAAGACCGUGGACAUCCUGAUCAACGGAGCUGGUAUCCUGGAUGACCACAAGAUCGAGGCCACCAUCGCUGUCAACUACACUGGUCUGGUGAACACCACCACCGCCAUCCUGGACUUCUGGGACAUUCGCAAGGGCGGACCAGGAGGCAUCAUCUGCAACAUUGGCUCCGUGACUGGUUUCAAUGCCAUCUACCAGGUGCCCGUCUACUCUGGCACCAAGGCUGCCGUUGUCAACUUCACCAGCUCCCUGGCCAAACUGGCUCCCAUCACCGGUGUGACCGCCUACACCGUGAACCCUGGCAUCACUCGCACCACCCUGGUGCACAAGUUCAACUCCUGGCUGGAUGUUGAGCCCAAGGUGGCCGAGAAGCUCUUGGAGCACCCCACCCAGACCACCCAGGAAUGCGCCACGAACUUCGUCAAGGCCAUCGAGCUGAACAAGAACGGCGGUCUCUGGUUCCUCGACAAAGGUACCCUGGAGGACAUCGAGUGGAAAAAGUACUGGGACUCUGGCAUCUAAGGAGGAUACUCAUACCCCACUAGCAUUAGUUCAUAUUCGAUAUACACGCAAAGCAAGAAGUCUGAUUUGAUUUGAUUUGCAAUAAGGCGCACUCACAUUUCCCUCUUAUACGAUAAUAAAACUGUAGAAGAUCCAAAAUUAUACAAAAAUUGAGAAACA